UUUAACGCCAAUAUGGCGGCCUUCAUGAAAUCAACGCUGUGUUAAUUAUCCUGCUAAUGCUCAGCUUUGUGGUGAAAAAUCCGACAAGAAUCAAGCUUUUUCCCCUCUUCAGACGCCUCGACGGAGAGCUGUGGCGGAGAUGAAGACCUUCUGUGGCAGAGCGAACCCGACCACCGGAGCUCUGGACUGGGUGGAGGAGAGCGAGGAGUAUGACUACCACCAGGAGAUAGCCAGGUCAUGUUUUGCAGACAUGCUGCAUGAUCACGACAGGAACGAGAAGUACUUUAAGGGCAUCCGGGCAGCUGUAUCCAGAAUAAAGGAUCGAGGCGAAAGAGUCGUGGUCCUGGACAUCGGGACCGGAACCGGCCUGCUGUCCAUGAUGGCCGUCACAGCUGGAGCUGACUUCUGUUACGCUGUGGAGGUCUUUAAGCCCAUGGCAGAGGCAGCUCAGUCCAUUGUGAAGAAAAACAACUUCUCCGACAAGAUCAAGAUUAUCAACAAGCACUCAUCAGAUGUGACAGUGGGACCAGACGGAGACAUGCAGGAGCAGGCCAACCUGCUGAUCACGGAGCUGUUUGACACCGAGCUGAUUGGUGAGGGAGCGCUGCCCAGCUACGAGCACGCUCACCAACAUCUGGUCAAGGCAGGCUGUGAGGCGGUCCCUCACCGGGCCACCAUCUACGCCCAGCUGGUGGAGUCUGAGCUGCUGUGGAGGUGGGCCCAGCUGCAGCCGGUGGAGGUAGAGGGGGCUCGUCUGGUCCCGCCGCCCGCUGUGGGCCGAUGUCCUGGUGCUCACUCGGUUUGUGACAUCCAGCUGAGCCAGGUCUCCCCCACCAACUUCACCCCACUGAGUCCUCUCUGCACCAUGUUCAGCGUGGACUUCAGUAAACCAGUUAGCAGUGCCUUCCAGUCCCACUCCACCAGCUUUGUGGCUCAGUCUGGUGGUCGGGCUCAGGUCGUGCUGUCCUGGUGGGACCUCGACAUGGAUCCCAGCGGAACCAUUGUGUGUAGCAUGGCCCCCAGCUGGAUGUACCCACAGCCAACCAUGGCCCCAUGGCGGGAUCACUGGAUGCAGAGUGUUUACUUCCUGCCUGUGGAAACCCAGGUGGCUGAGCAAGAGGAGCUCAGUCUGACGGUCUGCCAUGACGACUACAGCCUGUGGUACAGUCUCCAGUCUCACAGCCUCCAGGACGUCCGGGCUAAGACCCUCCAAUCUCGGCCAAGUUGCACUUGUCAGGCCCACCUGGUUUGGAAUCGGCCUCGUUUCGGUGAACUAAACGACAGACAGCGUACAGUGAGCUACAUCGCAGCUCUUCGCAGUGUUUUGGCUGAGGACCGUGUGUGUCUCUCUGUCAGCGAUGGAAGUCUGCUUCCUGUGUUUGCUCACAUGCUGGGAGCCAAGAAGGUGUUCAGUUUGGAAAACUCCAGAAUGUCCAAACAAGUCAUUGAGGAGGUGUUGGAAGCCAACUCGGUGAAAGGAGGAGUUGCACUGCUGGAGAUCAGGCCUGAGCAGCUCACCAGUCAGGAUCUUGGAGGAGAUCAGAUUUCCGUCCUGCUGGGUGAGCCGUACUUUAGCACCAGCCUCCUGCCGUGGCACUCCUUGUUCUUCUGGUACUGUCGCACUGCUUUGGCGGGCCUCCUGCGACCGGAUGCGAGCAUCCUGCCCUGUUCUGCCUCCCUGCAUGUGGUGGCUGUGGAGUUCCAGGAUUUGUGGAGGAUAAGAGCAGCGUGUGGAACAUGUGAAGGCUUCGAUGUCUCUCCCAUGGAUGAAAUGGUCCAGCGCUCUCUGGAUUUCCGUGAGUCCCGCGAGGCAGAGCCCCACCCCCUGUGGGAAUAUCCAUGUCGAGCCCUCACUCAGUCCGCUGCUGUCAUGACCUUUGACUUCACCCAGUGUGUCCCUGAACAGCCAAGCAGCAGCCGGGGCUCGCUACCUUUCAUAAGGAUUGGUCGAUGUCAUGGUGUUGCCUUAUGGAUGGAAUACCACCUGACUGAUGAUGUCACAGUCAGUGGGGGUCUGACUCAGCCAAUCAGUGAGCAGGGCACAUGUGAGUGGAGUCGACACAGGAAGCAGGGAGUUUAUUUCUUGAGGUCGGCGUGGGACAGUUCAGGUGACGGCGGGGCCGCAGUGUCGUACAGCUUCACGUUUGAGCCCAGUUUAGGAGACAUUAAGAUGGACUUUAGCAUCACGGAUCAGUGAUGUGAAUCCAGCUGACCGAGGUUUUACAUCCAAUCUCUGUUUUGGAGAAUAUUUAACUGUGUUUAGUUUGCUGUAAUGAAUAAAAGUUACCAUUUGCCUUUUUAAUGAUACGUCAGUAUCUGAGGGAUUCUCAGGGCCGAAAAGGCUUUGGUGUCGACACGUAAAAAAAUUGUCUACAUACGUCACCCUGUAUUAACAGGCCAACUGUUGAUCAAAGCCAAACACUGCAUUGUUUUAUCAUUUUUUUUUUAUUGUUUUGUAGUGAGUACAGAUAUGAGCUUGUGUCUGCAAACUCCAUGUUUGCACAGAUGAAGAAUGCAAUGUUUGUACCACAAACUAAUAAAACAGAAAUAAUGGC